AUGAUGCGCCAAAAGAAGCGGUCGGAUCUGCAAGGAAUCCGAGGGAUCGCCAUCAUUUCGGUGUUGGGAUUCCAUUUCUAUCCCUCAAUAUUCCCCAAUGGAUACCUCGGAGUCGAUCAAUUCUUCGUAUUAUCCGGCUUCCUGAUGUGUAUGCUUCUGAAGAGGUCCGAAUCCGAUCCAAUCUUCACACUGAUCCUCAAUUUCUACACAAAACGAUUCCGACGCAUUCUUCCCCUAUAUUAUCUUAUUAUUUUAUUAUGUCUAAUAGCACUUUAUAUGAUAUUUCCGGCAACAUUUAUUGAAAAUAAUCUCAAAUCCGCUAGAAAUGCGCUCUUAUUUGUUUCGAAUCGGCCAAAAACCGCCAAUGAGGAUUACUUCGAAAUGAUGGGAAUUGGCAGUGAUUUGUUCACCCACACAUGGUCCUUAUCGGUCGAAAUUCAAUUCUAUUGCAUUAUUCCAAUCAUUUUCGUUCUCGGAAGAUCAAUAUUCAAUAAUUAUCAACUCCAAAUCGGAUACUAUGCUAUACUAGCAAUUUCAAGCAUUUUUUUUCAUUUACUCUCAACUGAGAAUGUGUCAUUCAAUAGUGUAUUUGCAAGAAUAUGGCAAUUCAAUAUAGGAAUAAUUGUCUAUCUCGUUUCACCAAUAUCAAAUAAUGAUGGGGAAUAUAAAACAUUGCCUGAAGAGGAAUCACUUCUGGAAGAAGGAAAAGAAAUCGAAGAGGAUGAAGAAGAAGAAGAAGAGCCCCCGAAUCGAUUGAUAACUGGAUUUCAAUGGAUAUUUCUAAUAUCUACAAUUUCUAUUCAAUUUUCCCCAUUCUUUUUGCCAUAUUCCAGAAUAAUUGUCACCAUUUUGAUUGGCCUUCUCAUCUACUUCUCAUCAAAUAAUCUCUUGCUAAUCAACAAAUUUCUCGUUUACGUUGGCGAUAUUUCGUACACCCUUUAUUUGGUGCACUGGCCGAUUUAUACCUAUUGGAAGAGCACCAAUAAUUCGACAAAUGCGAUUCCCUUAUUCAUUGCCGCUUCAUUAAUUCUUUCAAUUCUUAUUCAUGAGACAUUCGAAAAAUUUUAUUUGGGUAUUUCCACAAUAUCCGUAUUCGUGAUUGUAAUUCUAUUGUUAAUUGCCAACCUAAUUAUGCUUAAUUAUCAUUCCAUCAACGAUUAUCGACGCGAGAAAUUGCAAAUUGAUUAUAUUGCCGACAAUCUAACUCUAGCCGACGUCGACGAGCUAAAUCACGAAUGGACGAGAAAUGAUAAUCAGAAUCUGUUCUCUCCGACGUGCCAAUAUCAUGAUAUUAUUAAACCGCUUGGAUGGUGCACUCAUCAGAAUUUGUCAGAAACGGGCCCGUUCAAAAUAAUGCUGUUCGGAAACAGUUGGACAGCAAAUCAUGCGAAGCUAAUGUAUGACGAGUGCUCAUAUAAGGCAUAUAGGAUGAUCCAAGCAUCUACUUAUGGAUGCGAGCCAUUAUAUCCCAGCGAUAACUUGCAACGAUGCAAGGACAAUAUAACCGAAAUUUUGGAUCAUAUGGAAAAGGAGCGGCCGGAUUAUGGAUUCUUGUUUACCAGAUAUUUUUCCCUUGGAGUUCCGCUUUCUCCAAAUGCCAAAAGCUUAGAGGAUGAUGAAGUUUAUCAAUUCGCGAAUCGAACACUUCACAAGAUGAUUGAGCUGAUCAAAAUUCGCCUUUAUAUUCUUGACGCAAUUCCGCGAAUCCGAUCGCCGGUGAUGUUGAGACUCGCUGAUUUUAUUGAAAAAAAUAUUCCGUUCUCUGAAGUCGAUAAGAUGUUGGUCGACAUGACAAACUUCGAAAUGGCGCGCACACGCUACGCCCGACUGUUCAGCGAUUGCGGCACCAAGUGUCGUCGAAUCGACUAUGUGCCCGAAUUUUUCAACAAUUCCACACACUUCUACCGGUUUUUCGAUGAUCGCGGCCUUUCCUAUUUCACCGGCGCCAAUCAUAUGACGCCGCACGGACUCGAGAAGGUCCGACACAUUUACACCGAGAUUUGCUCUCAAUUAUGA